AUGAGGUUUUCUGUUUAUAUUGGUUGUCCUUUAGUUUUGAGCUUGCUUUCUUUUUUUACCCUCAACAAACCAGGCAAAGAUGGUACAGAUCCGAAAGAAAAGGACUGGGACGCUGAAAUGACCCGUAUAAAGGAGAAAGAGUGGUUCGCGAAUCACCCACAGUACAGCGAUAUCCAACAUGUGUGUGGCAUUGAUCGAUUAAUGGACACCAUGAUAUCUUUACUGGCCGAAAAAUUGGUCACGGAGAUUCCAAUUCUGGUGCGAACAAUGAGAAAAAGAAAAGUAGAGGUCGAUGAAAUGCUAAGAGAACUUGAGGACAGCGAAGUCCCUGAGUCGGAUGAGGGAAAAGGGGCGGUUGCGAUGAAACUAAAGAAUAACCUCAUCAAACAGCUACACGAACUUCUCUUUAACAAUACUUCCGACCUGGAAGGAGGCGAGAACGUGAGGCGGCUAUUUAAUUCAUUCUGCGAAACUGUUUUUAGGUUGGAUCCUCUUGCCAUGCGUAACGAUGAUGACAUUAAAAAACAGCAAGGGAAAUUGGAAGGUGCGACUGCCCCACUAGGGGAGAGCAGUGAAAACAGUCAACUCCUGCAGAAACUACUCUACGAGAAAUAUACAGGUAAAACCGCUUAGACUACCUUAACACUCCUUCAUAGCGUGUUGGCCGGAUGUCUUGUGCUAAGUGAGAUGUUUUUUCAUCGGGCGCGGCACACUGAGACAAUAAAAGCUUCUUCUAAGAUGUGAUAUGUUUUCAUCUUCUAACCAAAAUAGG